GUCUGCCAGGAGCCGAGUGCGGAAGUGGAAACAGCACUGUGCGGGCUCAGGGUUCCGCCUGCGGACGAGAAGAUCCUCCAGCCGACACGCAGCCUGCUAACCAUCGCGCUUCCUGACCCUCUGUAACGCAACAGGAGACCCGGGGGAGAGAUGGCUGGACGGCUACCGGCGUGCGUCGUCGACUGCGGCACGGGCUACACCAAACUGGGGUAUGCAGGAAACACAGAGCCACAGUUCAUCGUACCAUCAUGUAUUGCCAUCAAAGAGUCAGCCAAGGUCGGAGACCAGGCCCAGCGGAGGAUGAUGAAGGGGGUGGAUGACUUGGAUUUCUACAUUGGAGACGAAGCGGUAGACAAACCCUCGUAUUCCACUAAGUGGCCAAUUCGUCAUGGAAUUGUGGAGGACUGGGACCUAAUGGAGCGCUUCAUGGAGCAAAUCAUCUUUAAGUAUCUGAGGGCUGAGCCUGAGGACCACUACUUCCUCCUGACGGAGCCUCCACUGAACACACCAGAAAACCGAGAGUACACUGCUGAGAUCAUGUUUGAGUCCUUCAACGUGCCGGGGCUGUACAUUGCUGUGCAGGCUGUUCUUGCUCUAGCAGCUUCCUGGACGUCCAGACAGGUGGGAGAGAGGACGCUGACAGGGACUGUCAUCGACAGUGGAGACGGUGUCACCCACGUCAUCCCUGUGGCUGAAGGUUAUGUAAUUGGCAGCUGUAUAAAGCACAUUCCCAUCGCAGGACGAGACAUUACCUACUUUACCCAGCAGCUCCUCAGGGAGAGGGAGGUGGGCAUCCCACCAGAGCAGUCGCUGGAGACGGCCAAGGCAGUGAAGGAGCGCUUCAGCUACGUGUGCCCAGAUCUAGUCAAAGAGUUCAACAAGUACGACACAGAUGGCUCCAAGUGGAUCAAGCAGUACACCGGGAUCAACGCCAUCAGCAAGAAGGAGUUCACCAUUGACGUGGGCUACGAGCGCUUCCUGGGGCCCGAGAUCUUCUUCCACCCAGAGUUUGCCAACCCCGACUUCACCCAGCCCAUCUCUGAGGUGGUGGACGAGGUCAUACAGAACUGCCCCAUUGAUGUCAGACGUCCUCUCUACAAGAACGUUGUUCUGUCAGGAGGCUCCACCAUGUUCAGGGACUUCGGGCGCCGUCUGCAGAGAGACUUAAAGAGGACGGUUGAUGCCCGACUCAAGAUGAGUGAGGAGCUGAGCGGAGGCAAGCUCAAGCCCAAACCAAUCGAUGUCCAGGUCAUCACUCACCAUAUGCAGAGAUAUGCAGUGUGGUUUGGUGGAUCAAUGUUAGCAUCUACUCCUGAGUUCUACCAGGUUUGCCACACCAAAAAGGACUACGAAGAGAUCGGGCCGAGCAUCUGUCGCCACAACCCUGUGUUUGGAGUCAUGUCUUAACUUCGGGACCUGACCGGAGUCCAACAGCAGCGAGUGGGGAUGGGGGUAGGGCAGUGACGUUAGGCUAUGCUCUUCAAGUACUCGUUCAGCUAUGGAUGUGUGGGACAACAAGGCUAUUACGGAGACAGAAAAUUAAAAAAAAUAAAUAAAUAAGAAAAAAGAAAGAAAAGAAAAGAGACCAGACACAGGCGGGCUGGAAAUUUUUAUUGUGAAUGUUCCUUUUUUUCCCUGUUUCUUCUGUUAUUUUUUUCCUGUCUUUUCAAAAUGAGGGAAAAUGUUUUGUAAGCCAAAACAAUUCAAAGAACAUCUCUGGACGUGUUGAGGAAUAUGCCGUGAGUGCUGAUUAUAAAGGUUGUAUUGAUGAUGAAUAAGAUGGUGUUGGUGGAUGUUGGCCCAGGAGGAUGACGGUAUCUUUGAUAGUAGCUUCCUGACACCAGAACAGAUUAUUUAUAGAUAUAAAGUGAGUCCAGGCAAGAUUUAGAACAUAUUAUUGUCUCCUUUUGUUUUCAGCAUUUUCUUUUCCCGCUUCAAAUGCACAUGUCUGUGUAUCACGAUAAGAGCUUGUUUAUAUUUCAUACAAAAGUUUUUUAUAUGUAAAACUUGGGAAAUCAGGGGUUAAAUAAAAUGACAUACCAGUAUCAACAAGAGACUGUUUUAAUCCACGAUGCAGCUUUGAUAAGCAGUGUUUGUUUUGAGUUCUAGUAGGUGUUCUCCCAUCAUUCCCCACGUGUCAUCGCUGUCUGCCCUUUAAUUCUUCUUAAACGAAUUCACAUCUGCUUUCACUUCAGACCGUGUCGGGUUUCCACCUCUGUGAUGGAGUGAAAGGAAAGAGAGGGGACUUACCGAGGCUCUAAAAAUCAAACUCAAUAAGAAUGACUGUCAGACCAGUAUUGUUAGACUAGAACUUUUUUUUCUUUUUAUUAUUAAAUACCAAAUUAUUAAAAGAAUGGAAUUUGUGUAUUUAAUGCCUUGCAACAUUCCAAUAAAGGCUCAAAUUUGUUUCUAA